AUGUUCCCCUUGACCCUGACUGUGCUCCACAAUGUCUCCGAGAAGAACUUCAAGGCUCACUUGGAGUUCUUCAAGGGUUUCGGGUGGUCCGAGGAUGAUUUCCUUGCUGCAUUCAGAAAGGUUCCUACUCUUGUGGCAUGUUCUUUAAAGAAUUUGCAGAGAAAGAUGGAGUUCUUGGUCAAUGAAACCAGAUGCGCUACGUAUUAUCUUGCACACCGGCCAAUGAUUUUGACGAUGAGUUUGGAGAAAAGAUUGAUUCCCAGGUAUCGGAUAAUGAUGGGCCUGAAGUCAAGGGGAGUUCACAUCCGUAACCUCCGAAUGGACACAUACAUGUCAUAUACGGAGAAGAAAUUUCUGGAGAAGUUCAUCUUCCGCUACAAGGAGUUUCCAGAACUCAUUGAAUUGUAUAAUGUAGCCCCAAAAACAGAAAUGCUCUUUGAUACUGCAGGUUUUGAUGCAUCAUUGGCCCUGGAGAAAUGA